UGUUUAUUGUGAAAUAACAGCAUAAAGAAGGACAAAACUGGUAGCCCAAGUGGCUUUCUGUUGGUUAUAUAAGCCAGAGCUAAGGCACUCAUCGUUACACAGCAAGGAAAAACAAUCAAAGAAUGGAAAAGCUGUUUCUCUUGAUAGUGACAAUGACAGCAGCAGUAAGUUAUCUAAGUGCUAAGUAUUUAGUGCUAAUUUCAGCCUACACGAUUGAAUCUCCACAAUUCAGAGUGGUGCACUUGGAAUCUGAUUUUGAAAUAAGAUUGUACAAAGAAAUGUCCUGGAUGUCUGCUCUUGUCUAUGGGACUUCCUUUCAGAAUUCCACCAGAGAUGGCUUUCACAGGUUGUAUCAGUAUAUUCAUGGGGAUAACCUUAACUCUACCCAAUUUUUCAUGACUGCUCCUGUUUUAACAAGCGUCACUCCAUCAGCCCACGGGUCUGCAUAUAUUGUAAGGUAUUAUCUGCCUUCAACAUUUGACAAAACGUCCCCUCCACAGCCCGCCGCUGAAUUGAAUUUGCAGUUGGACAAGUGGGAGAGUCACUGUAUUGCAGUCAGAAAGUUUCCUGGAUAUGCCAGGGACGAUAACGUGGACAAAGAAAAAGAUGCUCUGCUUUCUAGCCUUGGUAAACAUUUGCCAGGGUUAAAGCAAGCAGCGGAAAACAAGUAUAACUACAGCAUUGCGCAGUACAAUGCUUCAAAACAUCCCACGGGGCGCAUAAAUGAGGUGUGGAUUGAUGUAUCAGGUUUCACCGCAGAGGGCUGUCCAGUCUAGCUAUAACAUCUAGUAGCAACAAUUAUCAAGAAAUUUGCUUGUGGGAGGGAUGAAUAAUUGUGUUUGAAUGUAAAUUUGUUGACGUUGGGAUCUCAGAGCAUUUGUGUGAGAAAAUUCAAGCAUGUUUUAAAUACCACGCUGUCUAAAAGGAUUUUAAUGAAUGAAAUGUUCAGUAAGG